AUCGUGUUGCUCAUCGGUCUCCUCGGCAUCCUGAUCAACGUAGCGAGCUCGGCGGAGCCCCUGGGCUUCAGGCCCAUGACGCCGCAGCGCGGCCAGCGCAUCGGCGAGUCGCGGCUGCCGGCGCCGCAGUGGGGCCAACCCCACGAGCAGAACGUGCAGGGCCUGCCGGCGGCGGAGCUGGCCCAGCAGAGCACGUCGAAGGUCCCGCCGUUCUGGGCGCCGUACCUUGAGCAGCGCGGGUACCCCUUCAGGCUGUGGGUCCAGGACGUGAUGCUGUGGUGCGCGGCGACGGAGCUGCAGCAGCACCAGCGCGGCCCGGCGAUCGUCCAGCGGCUCGGCGGCACGGCGAGGGACCUCUGCCGCGAAGUGCCGGUCGAGGCCAUUGCGCACGGCAGGUUCGACCAGCUGGGCAACCUGGUCGAGGACGGAGUGCAGAUGCUGAUCACUGGGCUCCGGCGGCGCUUUGGCCCGCUCGACGUCCAGUCGUCGAUCAGCACCAUCGUCGAGCUGCUCACCUUCCGCAGGCAGGAGCGGGAGAGCGUCGACGACGCGAUCACGCGCUUCGAGGCGCUGCGCGCCCGAGUGGCGCAGCUGGACGACCCGUUCGUGCUGCCGACGCCGGUGCUCGCACUGCUGUUUCUGGAGGCCCUGCAUGUGCCCAAGGCUGUGUACCCCUUGGUGCUGCAGGCCAACAGCGGCCAGCUGCCACUGACGCUCGAUCAGCUGAACAGCGUGAUCGGGAUGGUGCGGCAGCAGGGCCACUUCGCAGAGCACACCCACGCGGGACCUCAGAACUUGGCUGAAGGGUACCGCGGCAAAGGAUAUCAUGGUCAUCAUUGGUUUACGGGCGAGAGCGACAGCGGCGCAAACACCUGGAACGACACGGCCGCUUAUAUGUAUGGUCAGAACGCAGCCGGCGCGGCAGGGAGCGCUGGAUCUACGUCCCAGCACUACGUGGUCCAGGACGACGAGGGCUACGACUGCUGCGCCGUCUGCUCGAGCUACCUGUACGAGGACGAGCCCGGGGACGAGGACUCGAUGACCGACGGCGACGACUUGGACAUUUCCCAGUUCACUCAGGAGGAGCUGCAGGAGUAUUAUGGCGACUCCGAGGGCUGGGACUACGACACCCUGCUACAUGAGUACCUGUUCGCGAAGCGCAGGUUUCGCCACUUCGUCCAACGGAACAGCCGCCGCUCUCGCUUCCCGCGCAGCAACUGGUCCCUCCGCAUGAGCAGCGGCAAGGGCGGCAGCAGCUUUGGACGCGGGCGAGGCCGCGGCAAGGGAUACCACUUCGGCGGAUCGGUGGUGAACCCAGGCUCGCUGGCGGGAGGAAAAGGCAAGAAGAAGAAGGGCGGCAAGCACUACAUGGCAGGCACGCCCGGCGCCACCAAUCCCCGAGGCAGGGACGGCCGCACCAUGCGGUGUCACGAGUGCGACUCGGAGACCCACCUCGUGGCCGCCUGCCCCAAGCGCAAGGGCAAGGGCAAGGGCAAGCACUUCAUGUCCUGGAACGCUGGCAGCGCCGCGACGGGGACGCAGCAGGCCGGGGCUCCCGCCGCCGACCCAACGUUGGCCGCCUAUGCGCCCGUGCCCACGCAGCCGCGGACUGGAGCCUUGUCUGGAGUGCUGCAUUGGUUCGCUGAGGACGCCCGGACGCCUGGCCUGCAGAUCGACGACCUUGACGAGGACACCUUCCGCGAGGCUCUGAGCUGGGAGACCCUCGACAUGCGCGACAACGUCGCGGAGCACGACAUACUGACGGAGAUCCAGGCCAGCAUGCAGGACCGAGCUGUGGAGGAGCAGCCUCCGGUGACAGCUGGGCGAUCAGCGGCCGUGACCAGCCCAACAUGGUUCCCAUGGUGGCGAGUGGAUCAGUUCGAGAACGCUGGCGGGGAGACCUACUUGGUUCGCACCCGCAUGAAGGACAGGAGCGGCGAGGCCCUGCUGGUGGACCCCGGGAGCCCAGGCAACCUUACUGGCGACGAGUGGGGCAACAGGAUGGCAGCGCGACAGCAGCAGGCAGGACGUCCACCGCCUGUUCGCACCCCACUUGACCGGGUGCUUGAGGUUGGUGGUGUGGGCUCAGGAUCUCAGCAGGCCACGCACGCCCAUCGCUAUCAACUGGCGCUGCAGGGAGGGCAAGCCGCGACCUACGAGGCGCCGGUGCUCCCGAACAGCAGCGUGCCGGCACUGCUCGGGCGAGCAUCGCUGCGGGACCAGCGCAUCCUGCUCGACUGCUUCAACAAUCGGAUGUACCGCAUCGGCCCGGGCGGCUACUCCCUGCAGCUGAGUCCAGGAUCAUCGCAGUACCAUCUGGAAGAGAGCCACGCCGACGGGAACAUCGGGGAGUUCGGGACCCACGAGGACGAUGGCAUUGGCGACUUCGACGACAUCCGGUCCGACGUCCUUGCCCGCAGCGACCGCACCGACUCCCGCAUCUACCAGGACGGCGAGCAAGAAGACCACCACUGCGACGCCAACCGGCAGCGGCGCCGCAGCAGACAGCGCCAGCGGGCAGCCCGACGCGGGCAGCCUGCACCUCUGAUCGAAGACACCCCAUCUCGGGAAGUACAGGGGAGACCGCCAUCGGCAUGGGUGUUCGGCGACUUGCAGAACCUGUGCCAGAAUGCGCUGCGCGGAUGCGGAUAUGCGGUGGGUCGCAACUGUGAUGUUCACAGAUUCCUCGGGCAGGAGGAUAAGUGGGCGGAUUCCCUGCGCCACCAGCAGCCGGAGCUCGUUUGGAUCAGCCUGGCUCAGCCGGGCACGUCGCGAGGCACCCGCAACGACAAGCGAGCCAAGCGUUUCGAGUGCAAGAUCGCUCGAGCUCAACUUGAAGGGCAUCGCUGCUGCAUCGUCGAGGCGGACGAGGGCAGCGCGGUGUGGGACAUGCCCGACAUCCUGGAACUGCUGGACGACAGGAGGUGGCACGCAGGUGAGCGACGUCGACCUGGCCGAGUAUCAUUCGCGGACGACGUCGACGAGACCGGCUGCAAGGUGAGCGCGCUGACCGCGAGUUUUCCCACCGAGCAGAGGACGCGCGACAAGGCGCGCAAGGCAGCGGACCCGGAGCGCAAGGUGAAGAAGAGGCCACAGACAGUGGAGCAGGUCUUCGACGAUUGCGGCUCCGAUUUCACGAAACUCUACGUGGCGAACGAGUACGAGCUGGACGAGGUGUGCUACGGCACCGAGCUCAGGGAGGACCAGUACAUCGACGAGCAGCCGUACAUCAUGAUGUCCGAGUUCUUUGGCAUGAUCGGCUCGGAGGCGCACCUGAACGAGAAAGACGAGCAGCAGAACUUCUUCAGCUCAGUCAAGGAUAUGGACACAUACAUGAACCUCUACUACGGCCACCUGCAGCACGACGACGUCGCGGAGUUGUGCGGCGGCGCAUCUGGAACAACCCGGUUACUCGUGCGACGAGGAUAUCGGGGCGGUCCCAACUUCGACCUCAUUUGCGACUGCAACUUGAUGACGCACGAGGGCCAGAGGCAGUUUUGGGAAUAUCUGUAUCAUCGCAAGCCUCUUGUCUUACUUAUUAGCACGCCCUGCACGAGCUUGAAAGGGUUUUCGGCGCUCAACAGGGUCAUCAACUACGACGGUUGGCUCCGCAGUCGCAAGACAUCAGUGGGGCUGGCCCGCAUCGCCGCUGCAGCGGCGUGCACUCAGAUGGACGCCGGCCGCCACUUUGCUUCGGAGCAGCCGCUGGGCAGCGACUUCUACAAGCUCGACGACUGGCAAUACAUCGCCAACAACUACGCGGUGGUGUGGUGCCAAGUCGACCAGUGCAUGGCCGGCAAGAUCGGGCGGCGAACGGGACUCCCGAUCAAGAAGUCCUCUGAGUUCUGGGCUUCGGACGAGCGCCUGAUCGCCGGACUCAGGAAGUUUCGCUGCGACGGCCAGCACGAUCACGCUUUGCUGGCCCAUGGUGGCCGAGGACCCCAUCCAGAGCGUGACAAGUGGCGACUAGAGAACCCCAAGGAUCACGCGGAGUGGGCGAUUGGCAUCUGCCGGGAGCUGGCAGCGAGCAUUUCCCAGAUGGUGGAGCGCGUGAGGUAUCAGGGACACCACCUCGUUGUGUACGAGUGCUACCCCACGGCGGAGCUGGACGAGGCAUCAGGUGGCGCCUCGGGAUCGGCGGACGCCAUCGGCGAGGCACCCGUCGCGGAGCAGCCGGCUGCGGCCCCAGCCGCACGAGCCCGAGGCGUGGAUGCGGGGACGCAGGCUCGAGGCAGUGACGAGCCAGGCUGGACCGCGUUUGACCUCGGGCACGCGCUUCGACUGCUGCACAGCCCACACCAGGAAGUCGUUCGGCGCCAGCUUCGACGACUUCAUGUUCGAUUUUGGCACGCUCCAGCAGCUCGCCUCAGAGAGCUGCUGACCAAGGCCGGCGCUCCUGCAUCUACGCUGGCCCUGGUGAAGGAGAUCUGCGACACGUGCCGGGUGUGCAGGCUAUGGACGAGACCGGGACCGAAGAGCAUGACGAUCUCUCGGCUCGCGACGGGCUUCAACGAGAUGGUGCAGUGGGACAUCCUCUACAUCGGCGAACAGAUGGUGGCCCACAUGAUCGAUGAGGCGACACGCUGGACAGUGCUUCACAUUCUGGACCGCAAGACAGCGAUCAUGAUUAUCGCCGGCAUCACCCAGGGAUGGCUACGACCUCAUGGCCCCAUGAAGCUGCUGAUUGCCGACAUCGAGGGCGGCCUCCAUGGCGAGGAGGCGUACCAGUGGCUGGACCGCUGGGGCAUCGAGAUGAAGGCCAAAGAGGAGGGCUCGCACGCGCAGCUGGUGGAACGCCAUCACGACUUGGUGCGCAAGAUCAUACACCGUGUGCAGGCCCAGCUUGCGGAAGAAGGCAUUGUGAUGCCGUUGGAGAUCGUGAUUAUGGAGUGUGCCCUCAUCAAGAACCUCCUCAUCACCGUGGCUGGCUACAGCCCCUACCAGGCGGUGUACGGCCGGCUUCCGCCCCUGCUCGCCGAGUUCGAGCCGGUGAGCGACUGCCAGAUUGACGACCAGUCGGCUGGCAUCCCAGGGAUCUCCCGACACCAUCAUCGGCUACGCGAAGUUGCAAUGCAAGCCAUGGUGGAGAUGACCGCGAAGGACAGGCUGAGGCGCGCGCUUCGAUCCAAGACGCGCGCCCCGCACGAGGCGCUGCAGCUGGUGGUCGGCGACCAGGUUGACUUUCACCGACCGCCGAGCACGAAGGAGGAGUCGGGGUGGCGCGGCCCAGCGACCUUGCUGCAGGUCGGACCUCCAGUGCUCAUUCGAUGGCAGGGACGAGUGUUUCAAGUACGACCUCAGGACCUUCGGCGAAGCCUCGUGUACUUCGUGAUGUUCACGAAUAACAUCUUCUUCGAGGCAGGAUCGCGCGACCCGGUGGCCACCAUCAUGAGCUACGCGGACCAGCUGGACAGCAAGGUCGUGCGCGUCGGGUGGCUCUUUGACGCCGGGUGGAAGCGGACCGCGGACAGCCAGAAGUUCAGCGAGUUGGUCCUGGCGGUGUUGCAUGUUGCCGCCAGUGGCUUCUAUCUGGUGGGCUGCGUCGGCGCUCGAGUGGGCAAUGGCGUGUCCGUGCUCGAAGGAAUGGUCGGAUGCGACCACAGCUUCCUAUGGUGGUGGCGGCGCGGACGCCCAGAGCUGUCCUGGUACCACGAGGCGUCGGGUUCUGCUCGAUUGAAGUUGGCUCCGAUAUUUGGCAAGGAACACUGGCGGGACGUUAGCUUUGUGCAGUUCAUCAUGACGGAGCCGCCGGAGCUUCAGGAGGAAGACUUCGACAUGACCUGGCAGGACAAGCCGAUAUCCGACACGAGUGAACCAGCGGCGGCAGCUGGGGCUCCUGCACCCCUGCGUGAGCCAGUGCUCCCGAUCAAAGAUGAUGGUGGCGAAGACGACGACGGCGACUCGGACAGCGACGCGACCCAGGAGUACUCGUUCGCGAGCUGGCAGCACAUGAGGGAGCAGGCCGCACUGCCUGCUGUUGACACCGAGUGCGCUCAGAGCGACUUCUUCUUCGCAGCCCCGGACGCAGAUCACGUGGCGGAGGCAGUAGAGGAUGAUUCUUCGAAUUCCCGACCCGACUGCGUCGAGAUCGGCAUAGGUGCGCCGCUCAUGUACUGGGUGUACCCUGAGGUGGAGCACACACGACGCCCUGGAGCAGGUGAGAUCUACGUCCUGCGCGUCUACAACACGGGCAAGCGCGAGAUCGUCGUCGAGCGCGAGAUGAACGUGCUCACGCUGGAAGAGGCCCGAGCUCACGCUGUCGAAGUACGUCAGGCCAUGAAGGACGAGCUCCAGCGCUGGGCAGAGUUGAAGGCAUUCCAGCGCUUCCCGAAGGACCAGGCGACCAACAUCAUCGACUCGCGCUGGGUGCUCAAGUGGAAGGAGAUCGACGGCAAGAAGCAGGUGCGCGCGAGGCUCACGGUGAGAGGCUUCAAGGAUAUGCAGUCACCUGAGCUGUCCACCUUUGCGGGUACUACGACACGAUGGGGCCAACGACUGGUGAACCAGGUGACGGCACAGCGCAAGUGGCGAUUAUUCUCAGCGGACAUCAGCCAGGCGUUCUUGCGCGGCCUCACCUUCGAGCAGGUCGCCGCCAUGGACGGCGAGGUGAAGCGGAAGGCACAGUUCACGAUGCCGCCAGGAUCGAUUCCAGUCCUCCGGCAGCUGGAGGGCUACGAGGACUACAACCCUGUGACAGAGGUGUUGUUGCUCCUGCGCUGCGGUUUCGGCCUGAAGGACGCGCCGAGGCUGUGGCAGGUCAUGUUGAAGCAAGUGCUGGAGAAGACAGGGGGCAAGGCGCUCAUCAGCGACCCGCAGAUCUACGUGUACCACGACGCUAAGGGAGAGUUGCAGAUGAUCAUGUCCUCGCACGUGGACGACCUGAAGGGCGGCGGCGAGGACCACCUGCGGGAAAAAGUGCUGAGCAUGAUAGAGAGCGAGUUUGGGAAGUUGAAGCGCCAGUGCGACUGCUUUGAGUGCAUCGGCAUCAUGCACGAGCAGGACCCUGUGACCAAGGCCAUCUGGACGCAUCAGCAGCACUACGUUCAGCAGCUGCGACCGCUCCAGGAGGACCAGUACGUGAUGGAGAACGAAGAUGGCCAGGUGAGCGUGGAGAGCCACGCGGCGUACAUGUCGCUGCUCGGAGGAAGUGCAUGGAUGACGCAGACGAUGGCGCCCAUUGCAGUGUAUGUCAGCUACCUCCAGCGGCAGGCCAAGAAGCCGGCGGUCGGAGACAUCCGGAAGAUCAACCGGCUGCUGAAGUGGAUCAUGGUGAACGCGAAGCAGCUCGGAGUUCGGUUCAUCGAGUUGGACAUGACCCGAGUGCGGCUGGCCGUCGUCAGCGACUCAGCCUUCCACGCCAUGGAGUUCGAAGGCUUGGCGAUCCGAGGCUGUGUGAUCAUGUUGCUGGAGGCUGACGACGAGGUGCUUCAAACUGGAACGACGUACAGGAUCGUGAUGCUUGACUGGUACAGUCGAAAGCAGAACAACGUGGUCAGGUCCACCUACGCCGCGGAGCUCAUGGCGUUGUUGGACGCGCUCGGGACCGGCACUCUCAUGAAUGUGGCGAUGACCGAGAUCAGUGAAGGAGUAUGCACGGCGAACCAGAUGCGAGUGCGGCAGGAGGCUGGCGACCUGGUGUUGAAGAUGAUUGCUGCCAUUGACGCGAAGGCAGUGUUCGACGCCAUCUCCGCCGACACCAUCAAGGUCACCACGGACAAGCGGAUGUUCGUGCCGACGCUCGCAGCACGUGAGCAGAUAGACCGCCUGCAGCUGGCGCAGCUCAGCUGGAUCGACACCUUGGACAUGCUGGCGGACGGGCUGGCGAAAGGCGAGCUCGACCAGACAGCACUCGUGAAGUUGGGCUUCAGCAGCGAGUGGCACUUGAGCGGGCUGCAGCCGGCGCGGCGCGCGGAGGCCUACCUGCAGACCUACGCCCAGCUGCCGGGCGCCGGCCCCCACGGGGCGCCCGCCGCGCCCGCCGCGCCGCGGCGGGACGCCCCCGCGCGGCAGGGCGGCUUCCUGCUGCGGGCGCCCGCGCGCGCCGCGGAGCAGUGGCCGCCCGCGGCCGCGCCCCGGGGAGCCGCGGGAGAGGCCCGGCCGCGCCUCGCCGCGAGCCCAUCCUCCGGGGGCUGCCCGGGGGCCCGUCCCGAGCGGCCGCCUCUGUGGGAGCCGAGCUGCUCGCAGUCCCACAGCCUGUGGGACUGCGAGCAGCUCGACGGGAUGCCUGUAGAGCAGAGAUGCCUGUGGGACCCACAGGGCGGCCAGCCGAGCGACCUGCUCGGCAGCAGCGGCUACCCCGUGUCCUCCGCGAGCGACGGGCCCCCCCCGGCGGACCCCGGCGCCCCCCCGCGGCCCGCCCCGGCGGGCCCGUCGGCGCUGAGCAGCGGCGCCUCGGAGCGGUCCGAGAGGAGCGGCGCCCUCGUGGGGGGGGUCCCCGGCUGCACCGGCGGCACCGCGGCCGCGCUGCUGCGGGAGGGCAGCUUCAGCACCCAGCGCACGACCUCCUCCCCGCCCGUGCCCGAGGCGCCCGGCUUCGGGGAGGAGCUGCCGCUGCCCGGCCUGCUCCCCCGCGCGCGCACGGAGCCGCCCCCCGCGGCCAAGACGCCCCUGCCGCACAUCCCGGCGCUGAACCUGGGCGCUGUGGGCGCGGUGCCCCCGCCCGCCCGCCCAGCCCACGAGCCCGCGCCGCUGGAGGGCAGCUCCGCGCUCACCCGGGGCGGGGGCAUGACUGCUUCGGGCGGCACGGGUGCCCCGCCCGCGGACUGGGCUGCCGGGGGGCAGGAGGCCCGGAGCCUGAGCCUUGCGAGCCUGGGCGCGGACUCGGAGGCCACGCUCCACGAGACCCCGCCGCCGCUCGGGGCCGCCGCUCACAGCCAGGGGCCCGCGCAGGGCGGCGCGCUGCCGCCGUUCCUGGGCUUCGCGGCCGGGCUCCCCGACGGAGCGGCCCCGCCGCCUCUCGACGCUCCGCCCGCGGGGCGGCCCGCCCCCAAGCCGGCGGCGGAGGCCCGCGCGGGCGCCGCGGGCCGCACGCCCUUCAGCGGCCUGCUGGGCACGGCGCUCCCGGGGCACGCCGCGCUGGCCUCCAUGCCGGGCGCCAUCCAGGACUUCGCCCACCAGGACCCCUUCCUCUCCCUGAUCGGCAGGGGCUGACGGGGCCGCGGGCGGCGCGCGCCGCGGGUGGGGCGAAAAGGGGUGCGAUCGGCG